AUGUCCUACGUAACAAUAGAAACCUCGGUCGGAUCCUUGACGGUAGAGCUCUAUACCGAGCACGCACCCAAAACAUGCAAGAACUUUUCAGAACUUGCUAAGCGAGGCUACUACAACAAUGUCAUCUUCCACCGAGUGAUCCAGGACUUUAUGGUGCAAGGAGGUGAUCCAACAGGUACCGGCCGAGGAGGAAGUUCAAUUUAUGGGGAAAAGUUCGCGGACGAGAUCCACCCUGAACUGCGGUUCGUAGGAGCCGGUAUCCUCGCCAUGGCCAACUCGGGACCCAACACGAACGGCAGCCAGUUCUUCCUGACGCUCGGCCCUACCCCGUGGCUCGACGGGAAACACACCAUCUUCGGAAGAGUAUCAUCAGGCAUGAAGACGGUACAAAGGCUAGCAGCCGUACGGACAGAUUCGAAUGACCGACCGGUCGAGGAGAUCAAGAUCCACCGUGCGAGACAAGGGGACGCUUCGGCAUCGAGUACCGAAGUCUCCAAGAUUGUAGUCUAG